AUGGCCAACCGCGUGUCUAACGACCCUGAUGCCGUCUCUCAAAACGAAGUGCAAGCGGCGAAACGGCCAGACAUAGCACAGAAUACAGACAACGUCGAUUCUACUCCGUACAGGAUCCUCACUCAAUUCUUGACCUUUCCCGAUGAGGCUCAGAAAGGAUGGUGGGAGGAUAGCGGAAGCCUUCUGAGCCGGCUCCUUCAAGUGGCACGCUAUGAUGUCCAUGAUCAAUAUGCAACACUACUCUUUCUGUACAAGCACUUGAUUCCUUUUAUGGGCCCAUACCCUCAGCGGCGACGAUGCGUCUUCGAACCAUACGGGGCACCGAUCGAAUAUAGCAUCAACUUUCAAGAGAACAAAAAAGAAAUAUUGCGGAUCGUCCUCGACCUAGUCAGCAUCCCAUACUGCACCAAAGACAACCCAUCACACCUGGACUGCGUGGCCGCAUUCGAGUCGACCCUUGGGCAAAUAAGCCCAAAGGUCUACAACAGGGAUUUAUACAAACAUUUCGCGGAUGACCUCCUACCCACAAAGAAGGAUGAUGAAGAGCUCACUCUACACGAGAUGAUCACGGAUUCUAACAGCCUCCCAGCCGUUGCCCUGUGGGGUUUUGUCCUCGAAGAGGGAGGAGAUGUAACUAUCAAAGGGUACAUCAAUCCUCAACCAAAUGCUAAAGCGGUGGGAGCCUCCCCGCGCGAGAGGCUAAAUGAAUCACUCCAAAAGCUUGACAGCAUGGUCGACUACUCCGACUCCCUGAAGCUUGUCCGGGAAUAUACGAUGGAAGGCUCAUGGCACACUGGGGAUCAACUUGUUUCAUGGGACUAUGGUCCCCCGGAGGUAUCCCGGAUAAAAAUGUACGGCGCAGCCCCCGAAAAUGUCUCUCCAGCGACUAUUAGGGAUGUAUGGACCCUUGGAGGCCGUGUGGAUAAGGAGACUUCGCGCAAGGGGCUUGAGCUGGCUAUAAAGCUCUGGGAGCUCAUCCACAUGCAAAUGGAAUCUCCCCCGAUGGACAGAAAACGAGAGUUUCUUAUGCAUGGCAUGCUUUGGCAUUAUGAGGUCUGGCCAGGAGCACAAUACCCUGUUCCCAAAAUCUAUCUCCCUGCAGCUGGUACGAACGAUGGAAGGGUUGCAGAGACUAUAUCCAAGUUCUUCUACUCGCUUGGUUGGAAAGAAAGAGCAGAGUCAUAUCCCCAGAUGCUGAAAGAUAUAUUUCCCGAUGUGGAUUUGUCUCAGAGUAGUCGGUUGCAGACAUGGAUUUCCUUCUCCUACACUGAGCAGGGCGGCGCAUAUAGCACAGUGUACUAUCAAGCGGCAACGCGCUCUACUGAAUUCUUAGCAGAGUAG